GAUAGUGAAACGCACGCGCACUUUCAUUCACUCUGCAAAACUGGACAUACUGUAGAUUUAUUACCUGUGGAGUUGGUCUUCUAACUUGAAGUGACGGAAAGGACGUUCAAAGUUAUCCGGAAUUAUUUGCCACAUAAUUAUUUGUCAGCAUUAUAACAGCACCGGUUAUUCGUUAUCUUAUAAUGACAAAGAUAUUAACGGCUUAUUCUGUAGCCAGGUCAACAUUUCUGAGGCAAGGUUGGUUCAAUGGAAGAAACAGAAAUGCCAGCUGGAAGUCAACUCGCCUUUUCAGUCUAAAGGCCCAGAAUGCACACCUUGUCUUGGAGGAUGGCACUCGAAUGAAGGGUGUGUCCUUUGGAAAGAAUCGCUCUGCAGCUGGCGAGUUAGUCUUUAACACUGGACUUGUUGGGUACCCCGAAGCACUAACUGACCCCAGCUACAAGGGCCAGAUUUUGACCCUUACUUAUCCAAUUGUGGGAAACUAUGGUGUGCCAAAUACAAAGGAAUUGGAUGAACUGGGGCUGAUGAAGAAUGUGGAAUCUGACCAAAUUCAAGUGUCGGGGCUGCUGGUGCAGGACUAUAGUUUUGAGUACAGCCACUGGAACUCUGUCAAGUCUUUGGCUCAGUGGCUGCAUGAAGAAGAGGUACCUGCAUUGUUUGGCGUGGAUACCAGAAUGCUUACUAAAAUGAUUCGUGACAAGGGAACAGUCCUAGGGAAGAUUGAGUUUGACGGGGAGCCCGUUGAAAUUACUGACCCUAACCAGCGAAAUCUAAUCGCAGAAGUCUCCACAAAAGAAGCAAAAAUAUUUGGGAAAGGAAACCCCAUCAAAGUGGUAGCUGUUGACUGUGGGAUCAAACACAACAUCAUCAGGCUCCUUGUCAAGCGGGGAGCUGAAGUCCAUCUGGUGCCAUGGGACCAAGACCUGAUGAGCCUGGACUACGAUGGCCUGUUUCUUUCCAAUGGCCCUGGGGACCCCUCGUUAGCUGGCCCUCUCAUCGAAAAUGUCCGCAAGGUCUUACAGAGUGAUCGACCUCAGCCUGUGUUUGGCAUUUGUAUGGGAAACCAGAUUACUGCUCUUGCAGCAGGAGCUCAUUCUUACAAGCUGCCAAUGGGCAACAGGGGACAGAACCAGCCAGUGCUGAAUGUGAUGACGGGCCAGGCUUUUAUCACAGCACAGAACCACGGCUAUGGGAUUGACAGCCAGUCUCUACCAGAGGGCUGGAGCCCUCUAUUUGUAAAUGCCAAUGAUGGGACCAAUGAGGGUAUCAUGCAUACAUCUAAGCCAAUAUUCACAGCUCAAUUCCACCCAGAGGCAAAGGGAGGGCCUACUGAUACUGAGUUCCUGUUUGAUGCCUUCCUCUCGCUCAUCAAGAAGGGCAAAGGCUCCAGCAUAGUGUCUGUGAUGCCUAAGAAACCAGACAUUCCUCCCAGGGCCAAGGUGUCUAAGGUGUUGGUGCUCGGCUCAGGGGGCCUUUCCAUUGGCCAGGCAGGAGAGUUUGACUACUCCGGAUCCCAGGCUGUCAAAGCCCUAAAGGAGGAGAGCCUGAAGACGGUGCUGAUGAACCCCAACAUCGCCUCGGUGCAGACCAACGAGGUGGGCACCAAGCAGGCCGACUCGGUCUACUUCCUGCCCGUCACCCCGCAGUUCGUCACCGAAGUCAUCAAGACGGAGCGUCCAGACGGCAUCCUGCUCUCCAUGGGGGGCCAGACCGCUCUGAACUGCGGCGUGGAGCUUUACAACAGUGGAGUGCUGCAGAAGUAUGGGGUGAAGGUGCUGGGCACGCCUGUGGAUUCCAUCAUGGCCACAGAGGACAGGCAGCUCUUUUCAGACAAGCUCAUGGAGAUCGACGAGAAAAUUGCACCCAGCAUUGCUGUCAAGACGGUGGCAGAUGCCUUGAAGGCCGCUGAUGAGAUUGGCUACCCGGUCAUGCUCCGCUCUGCCUAUGCACUCGGGGGUCUGGGCUCUGGCCUGUGUGCCAACAAGGACAAGCUGGAGGAGACUGCACGGAAGGCUCUGGCCAUGAGCAGUCAGAUCCUGGUGGAGAAGUCUCUGCUGGGCUGGAAGGAGGUGGAGUACGAGGUGGUGCGUGACAUAGCCAACAACUGCGUCACCGUCUGCAACAUGGAGAACUUCGACCCGCUCGGCAUCCACACAGGCGACUCGAUCGUGGUGGCCCCCAGCCAGACGCUGUCCAACGAGGAGUACCACAUGCUGCGGGAGACGGCCAUCAAGGUGGUGCGGCACCUGGGCAUCGUGGGCGAGUGCAACAUCCAGUACGCGCUGCACCCCUCCUCGCUGGAGUACUGCAUCAUCGAGGUCAACGCCAGGCUGUCCAGGAGCUCGGCUCUCGCCUCCAAGGCCACCGGAUACCCUCUGGCGUUCGUGGCGGCUAAGCUGGCCCUGGGCAUCCCUCUGCCGGAGAUUAAGAAUGCGGUGUCGGAGAAGACCACGGCCUGCUUCGAGCCCAGUCUGGACUACAUCGUCACCAAGAUCCCCCGCUGGGACCUGGACCGCUUCCAGGGCAUGUCUCGCGAGAUCGGCAGCGCCAUGAAGAGUGUGGGCGAGGUGAUGGCGGUGGGUCGUACCUUUGAGGAGAGUAUGCAGAAGGCUCUGCGUAUGUGCCACCCCUCGGUGGACGGCUUUGUGCCGCGUCUGCCCCUGAAGAGGGCCUGGGAGGACGACCAAGACCUGAGGCAGGAGCUGGCCGUGCCCUCCAGCACGCGCAUCUUCUCCCUCGCCAAGGCUCUCCACAGUGGAGUGAGUGUGGACCAGAUCCACCACCUGACAGCCAUUGACAAGUGGUUCCUGCACAAGCUCGACCGCAUCACGGAGUUGGACCAGCACCUGGCCCAGUUCAACAGUGCCUCAGUGCCUCCAGAGCUGCUGCUGAAGGCCAAACAGGACGGCUUCUCCGACCGACAGGUGGGCCAGGCCCUGGGGACGUCCGAGGGCGAGGCCCGGGCGCUGCGGCUGAGGCAGAACAUCCGGCCCUGGGUCAAGCAGAUUGACACCUUGGCAGCAGAGUACCCCGCUGUCACCAACUAUCUGUACUGCACUUAUCAUGGAGAGGAGCAUGACCUGGACUUCGUUGACCAGGGUGUUAUGGUGCUGGGAUGUGGCCCCUAUCACAUUGGCAGCAGUGUGGAGUUCGACUGGUGCGCCGUGUCCAGUAUCCGCGCCCUGCGGCAGAUGGGCCAGCGCACGGUGGUGGUGAACCAUAACCCGGAGACCGUCAGCACCGACUUUGACGAGUGUGACCGGCUCUACUUCGAGGAGCUGACCCUGGAGCGCAUCCUGGACAUCACACAGCAGGAGGGCUGCACGGGCAGCAUUGUAUCCGUAGGCGGCCAGAUCCCCAACAACCUGGCCAUGCCGCUGCACCUGAACGGGGUGAAGAUCCUGGGCACCAACCCGCUCCAGAUCGAUCGCGCAGAGGAGCGCUCUGUCUUCUCCACCAUCCUGGACGAGCUGGGAGUCUCCCAGGCCCCGUGGAGGGCCCUCAACUCCCUGGAGGAUGCGUUUGCCUUUGCAAAUGAAGUCGGCUACCCAUGCCUGCUGCGGCCAUCUUAUGUCUUGAGUGGCUCUGCUAUGAAUGUGGCCUAUGGAGAGGAGGAGAUGAAGAGGUUCCUGGAGGAGGCAACGCAGGUCUCACAGGAACACCCCGUGGUCAUCACCAAGUUCAUCCGUGGAGCCAGAGAGGUGGAGGUAGAUGCUGUGGCCAAAACCGGCAAGGUGCUGGUCCAUGCCAUCACAGAGCACGUGGAGGAUGCAGGAGUUCACUCGGGAGACGCUACGCUGAUGCUGCCCACUCAGACCAUCAGCCAGGGCGCCCUGGAGAAGAUUAAGACUGCGACCCGGAAAAUUGCCAAGGCAUUUGAAAUUUCAGGGCCGUUUAACACUCAGUUCCUGGUGAAAGGCAAUGAUGUCAUGGUGAUUGAGUGCAACCUGCGAGCUUCGCGCUCCUUCCCCUUCGUGUCCAAGACCAUAGGCGUGGACUUCAUCAAUGUGGCCACGCGCGUCAUGGUGGGGGAGCCCCUGGACGAGGCCCGCCUACCCUCGCUGGAGAACCCCAUCAUACCUGUGGACUACGUAGGCAUCAAGGCUCCGAUGUUCUCUUGGCCUCGCCUCAGGGAUGCUGAUCCUGUUCUGCGCUGCGAGAUGGCCUCCACUGGAGAGGUGGCUUGCUUUGGACCAAAUAUCUACUCAGCUUUUUUGAAGGCCAUGCUCUCCACUGGCUUCAAGCUUCCUCAGAAGGGAAUUCUCAUUGGCAUCCAGCAUUCUUUCAGGCCCAACUUUCUGUUGACGGCUCACCAGCUGAAGGAGGAGGGAUUCAAGCUCUAUGCGACUGAAGGGACGUCAGCGUGGCUGAAUGCCAAUGACGUGCCCACCGCCCCCGUUGCCUGGCCCACGAGCCAAGACAAGCAGCAGGGAAGCCUGCCCAGCAUUAACACCCUCAUCAACAACGGUGACAUUGACCUGGUGGUGAACCUGCCCAACAACAACACACGCUUCAUCAAGGACAACUUCCUGAUCCGCCGCAUGGCCGUGGACCACGGGGUGCCCCUCAUCACCAACUUCCAGGUGGUCAAGCUGUUUGCUGAAGCCAUCAAGUACGCCAGCGAUCUUGACACCACCAGCCUGUUCCACUACAGGCAGCGCAACGCGACCAAAUAACGCUAAGAAGAGGAUGAUGACAACGACGACGCUAUACUGCCGCCACGCCUCUCCUUCACCUUGUGCAGCAAGUACCACACCAUUAUUUAGGUCUGGAGCCCUGGAGAAAAAAAAACUAAUUGUUCAAGGGCUUAUGGAACAGGGAUUAUUUCUCUCAGCGCCAGUUGUUUUUAUAUAAGUUAUAUUAUUUAUGGUGUUGUCGAGAAACCUCUCUCGCUCAUUCUCCACUCAUUAAUUCAGGCCCAUGGGCAGAGAUGUUUAUGUGUUUUUGUAUGUGUGUGUUUACCUAUGUGACCUCCUGAUCACAUUGAAAGGGGCAGUUGCCAUUGUUGGUUUCGUAUGCUAUUUUCUGCUAAUGUGUUGGCCAGUUCUCUCUCUCAGCAUAGUUGUUUACAGAACACUAAUUCCACACACAAAUCUUUACUCCCAUAUUGAGGGUAGAUUGUGUUGUUGUGAUAUUUUAUCCUGCAUCUAACACAAUCAAUAGUCUGUAGGCUUUACUUUUUUUUGCUCUGGGUGUGUGGGCGUUUGUGUGUGUGUGUGCGUAUGUGCAUGCCUGUGUCUCUGUGUGUAUGUGGGAGUGAAUGGCUUGCAUGUGUGAAAGGGUAGGUGUUUGAGUGGGAGGGAUCGUAGGAGUGAGGAGUAAAAAGGAUAUUUUGGUUCCUCUUUUUCAAAAUCUCUGACUGAGAAACUCCUUCCUUUGUGUCCAUGAUGUUUACAAGUGUUCUAUGUACAGUGCAGAGUGCCAACUGCAAUCUUUCAUACAAUGUGUAUAAAAUAACUUUUGAUUACCCACAGUUUCCUCCCUAAACUGCUACUGUACUUGAAAGCAUACCAUCAAAUGUGAGAAUCUACACAAUAAAGUCCCCUCUGUUUACAA